AGAUCGUAUAGAUCAUAUCUGCCAAUACAAGGGCAAUGUUUAAGAAUAUCGGAAUUAUGCAACUAAAGGUAAUAACCGGAUAAAAGAGUUAUGUUAAAUCAAGUUAACGACGAUCGAUGGCAAGUGCUUCCCUAUAAAAGCAACGAUUCUAUUCAGACUAGUCUUACUUGGUGCUGACCAGCACUAAGAAAAUUCAGGAUAAUUUGAUCGUUAUUAAUCAUCAUGUAUGAGCAAUAUGUAUGAUUAAAAAUAGAAGGAGAUUAAAUAUUUCUCAACUUUGAAUCAAAAGAAUCAACAAAUGUAAAGUUAAUAUAAAACGUCAUGUCGGAAGUGUAUCAAACAUUUUUCGCGUUUUAUACUUUUCUUUUCUCUCCAUUGGUUAUUCUAUUAUUAAUAUGUUCCUAUCUAUAUCGCUGUAUCAUAGAGAUCAUUUUAAGGAUCCAAUUAAAGGAUAAAUUCGUGGGUCUCCUUGAUGGGAUGGACUGCGUUUGGGCGGUAGAACAAUCAUCGGCACUUUCUGUGAAUAAUAUCCUUAUGAUUUUAGAAAAAGAUGCUCGUCACUCGAAUAUCAACUUCCUGGAGAGUUUUCGCGAUUUGGUGAGGAAUCGCAUAGUAUGCUCGUCUUUUGAAAAGCUGUUGUACAAGAGAAAGAGAAAAUUUGGCUAUUAUUUCUGGGAGAGAAGUGAAGAGAUCGAUCUGAGAGAACGUAUCAGAUGGUUGGAAUACGAGCGCACGAAUUGCGACGGAUCCUGUGAUAAUAUUUACAAUAGUCAUCUGAAGAAAGUUCUAUGGAAUAUUUGCAACCAACCAUUACCGGAGAAUCACACAGCAUCCUGGGAGAUCUUAAUUGGAAAAUGUUGUCCCAGAUUGAGUCAUCAUUAUCUUCGACGUAUGGAGGAACGUUUGACGAAUAAAAUCAAGAUUCCCAUUUUAUUUCGCGUCCAUCAUUCUUUAGGCGAUGGUAUGGCACUUCUAAAGUUCUUUAGAGAUGUUAUUAUUGACAAGGAACCAGUUCCGGAAACAUUCUUACAGUUGGAUAGCAGUUUGAAAAUGAAGAACGAGAAAACGAAAAAGCAGAAUGUAAUAGUAUCAUUGAUGAAUCCUGCGAAUGGAGAGAAUAAUUUGGACAACAAUUCGUUUCAAAAGAAAAUCAUGUCGGCGUCGAUGCCAUUUAUUCAUUUUACGAUGUUCUCAUAUUUUUUUCUAUUAUUAUGGAAACAUUUUAACACAUGGUUGAAAUAUUUACAAAAUGUUACUUUAAAAGAUUUGAAAUGCGAAAUGAAAAUGUUUCUAAGAACGGUACAAGAUAGAUUAAAAGUUUUCUUCUCGGAAAUGAUUUGUAAAAAGAUACAGAAAGGUUUGAAAAUGGCGAAAAUUAUUAUAAAUCUUCCUGGUUGCCUGAUUCAACAAGCUUUUCGUAGCAUGGACAAGAGCGCACUCCAUGGAGCAGAAUUAUCAGGCGAAAAGUUUGUUUCAUACUGGCUUGAAGACGAUUUCAAAAAUGCCUGUAAUCAAAAAUUGUUUACAAAAAUACAAAAUAUAAGAAGUAUCACUGGUGCUAGAUUUGGAGAUGUAUUAUUAGCUGCUUUAUCCGUUAGUUUACACAAAUAUUUCCUUAAUAUAAACGAAUUCGUUCCAACAAAAUUAAGCGUUGUUUUGCCGAUGAAAAUCGAAGAAUGGAGCGAGAACUUCCCCUUGCAAAAUAAUAUUUCAGUUGGUAUACUGCCCCUCUGCAUUUCACAAAUAAAGGGUAAACAGCUUGCAGAUCCACGAGAGAAUUCUCAAAUUCUAGAACGUCUUGAAGAUAUUAGAAAAGCGAAUGAUGUUCUGAGAAAAAGUUCAGAUUACACGGUGAAUUUCUUAGUAAUGAAAUAUCUCUCAGCUAUGCUACCCGACAAAUUUUUACGACCAAUCUUAAAAAGUCAUAGCACCAUGGUGUUUAGCAAUUUAGUUGGUCCUCAAGAAGUGAAACUUUUGGGACAUCCUUUAAAAAAUAUUGUUUUUUGGAUACCAAACAGAAGUUAUACAGGAAUUGGAUGUUCUUUGUUAACGUAUCGAGGUUAUCUGCAUUUAUCUUUGAUCGCCGAUAAAGCUUUAGUACAAAGCGAAAAGGCUCUUACCAAAAUUUUAGAAAACACGGUAAAUGAAAUCGACAAUCUUUACGACAGAUUAACUUUGUCAUUUUUUUCGAAGAAACUUCAUAGAAGUAUAUCAACACCUACGAAGAAAGGAAUUGAAAAUGGAUUGAAACGUCAUUCUUGGAUGGAUAACGCAAGCAGUAUAAUUUCUUUCAAAUUGUGAACCGGUGAUUUAAUUGUUACCGAAAUAUUUAACCAUUAAAAAGAAGAAGAAAGGAGGAGCCACACCCCGAUGAUGACUUUAUUUCAAUGAAUUUCAAUGAAUUAAGUUCCAAGUGUCGGCGAGGGCCAUCGAGCGAAAUAUCACGAGAGAUACGACGGUUGAACGGCCAUUUGAAUACACUCGAACGAGUUGUUGUUCAUCGAUAAAUACUAAAACCAUUACUGUUCCAAAACUAUUGCUGCUCGAUAAAACAACGACCACACUAUGGAUGGACUUUCGAGUCCUUCAAUAACCAAAGCCGUCAUUCUGAAGGCCGUCCAAGUGCACGGAAUAAAAGAAGAAGAUCGUCGAAAAUCACAUUGAAGCGAUUUUAAAAAAGAAAACUUGGAGGAAUCUUUUUUUUCUGCUGGAAAACCCUCGUCGCGUUUAAUUGGAAACGAUGUUUCAGCGUGUUUGCAAUUGAACCGUCUGUAAUAAGGGUUGUGGAAAAAACGAGCAGAAAGGAAAUUCCGCGGCCAGGAAAUUAAUUAACGUAUUAUUAAUCGAGUAAUUGGCCUCAUCCCCGCAACUACUCCCGCGGUAGAACUUUCUUUUAUAAGGAUAAUUAAUCUACCAGAGAAGUUUGUUGAAAAAAGAGAAAAGGAGAGAAAGAAGAAAACAAUUUUUUUUCGUUAGGAUUUUUAGAUUUUUCGAAAAUGAUUGCAUAAAUGGAAAGAUGGAUUGGAUUCGAGUCGCGUUACUUUUUUUAAAUAUCUACGUUUUCCUCCUCUCUCCCUAAUUACUUUCCUCUUGUUACUUUGACUAACAAGGUUGUAACCAAGAAAGUUUCCAGUUGUUGGGUUAUUAAACAGCUUCAACUACGAGAGAGAGAGAGAAAAAUGGUAAUUUUAUAUUAACGAACUGGAUGGAUAGAAUUAUUAUAAUUUUUCUCCACCGAAAAAACAAGAUCUGUUAGUCUAAUUGGGAUAAAAAAAAAGAGAACACGUGUAAAGGAAGAAGAGGAAGAAAAAAACGAGAAGGUGAUGAUACUGAUAAGGGAAAAAGAGGCACGUUUCGAUUAUUUGUUAUUUACGCAUUUAUUACAAGAGAACGAAACGUUUCAUUUGGUCCGAAAAAUCAGGGAUGAGUUUUUUACGAAAAGAUGUAAGAUCUCGUUUACACGCGUUAUGUUUUUUUUUUUUUUUCAUUAUUACAUAAUUAUUAACAAUGUUUCAACGUUGAGCAACGUUGUGCGUUAAUGUUGCAGGCGUUUCGAAUAAUUUGAACGACAAGAUUUAUUCGCGAUUUAUUCUUUUUUCCUUUUUUUUUUUUU